AAUAUAAUUGAAAGAAAAAAUAAAUAUAAUUGUAAUGCAAGAUAUUUUGGUAGUAUAAAGAAACAAAGAUAUGCAAAACAAAUAUUUGAACAAAAUCCAGGAUUUUUGUUCCCGGGGGCACGGAAAAGACACGAUUUUAGUAAAGAGCUUUACUACAUUUUUUACAUUGGUAAUGUCAUCUUUAAAAUGUCAAGCGCAUAUUAAAAAAAAGAAAGUCUGUGUGGACUGUGGAUCAAUCAUAAAAGUAAUAUCGCACUUCUAAACAAUGUAUGGAAAUCAAUGCAUCUCAAUGUGUUUGUGUGUCAUAAUUUAAAAGAAUAUUAAAUUAAUUAUUGCAAGUUAGUGAUUGCAACUGCAACGAAAUAAAGUGUCAUAAGGUUUCGAAUAACGAACAAGUUGUGAUAGCAUCGGCGUCGUGUCAAGUUAACCGUCAACUGCGGUCGUUAUUUAUUUUCUACCUAUACAUUUUGUGGCGGCAUGUUAUGUUAGAGUUAAAAAAAACAGUCAUGACGCCGUUGGAAGCAAUGUUUACUUCGAUCACGUGAAGUUGGCGCGGAAAUGCAGCUAAACAAUUUUUCGUUUUAUUCGUUUUAAGUUUGCAUUCAACAUGGAUACGCUUUCUGAUAUGAUGGAGCCCGCCACCCCAGUGCUAUCUUGCGAUGGUGUCAACUAUUGUAGAACUGAAGACAGUGGAUACCAUACCUUUACUCCUGGUUCCAUCGACUGUUCAGAAUUGUCGUCUGAGAAUAUAGAUCCUGUUAUUGUUCAAGCAUCUAUAUGUGAAGGUAAAGGGAAUCAUCACAGAUUUUAUAACAAUACUCCUGAACCAUGCUACGAUCUGACCAAUCUCUCAGAUAAUAGUGAAAACUACCCAGAAAGGUUCAAGAGAAGAGGUGUAAAACGGCCAUAUCAAAGUGAUAUAGAACCCAAUGACAGCUUUGGAUCUGUUCCAACUCCAACAAGUGUAAUAGCUGGCCAAAUACAGAAGUUAAAAGUGAAUGAAGCUGGAAACUACAGUGGCAAUUAUUCAAUCUCACCAAUCAGCUCUGAUUAUACUGAUGCCAGUAGUAUCUACAACUUCAAUGCAUAUUCAUGGUCAUUUCCAUCUACACCCAUAAAAAAAAUAUGCAAAAGCAGCUGCAAAUUAAACAGGAUAAGAUCUAACCAUAAAUCCAGUCCAUUGAGGCCAUUAAAUAGUAAUAAUCAGCACCCGAAAAAGUUUGCUAGACAACUUGAUUUUGAAACACACUCAUUGUCCUGUGAGCCGCAGAGUCUGAUAGUAGUCGCUAUCCCACCACCAAGUCCUGCAGUUGCAGUACCCUAUAAGCCCAAUCAGAAGAUUGAUAUCAUCAAGCUCUUGAGCGAGCGAGUCUGCUCAAUACCAGUUAUUGAUACUAUAUUGAGUUUUAUGUCACCAGCAGACAUUUUUAACUUCUCUUUGGUCAGUCCUACAUGGUCUCAGGUUUGUGCGGAUUCAUGUGCAGGCAGAGAAAAGCUAAAGACAUAUUUGAGAUUGUCUAAGGAGAACCAAGAGAACAUAAGAAGUAGCCCUAAGAUUAAUAUUAUUGAUAUCAGAAGAAAACUUAGGGAUAUACACAAUAUUGAACAUGUUCAAACUACACCAAGCUCUCCAAGAAGCCCCCCAGCUUCUCCUCGGUCCAUGAGAUUCAAAACAUUUGCUCGGUCUGCAUCUCUGGAUUUGUGCAUUCAACUGGCCUGUGUACGGUGUCAGCAACCAGCCAAAGUGACAAAAGAACGUUCUGGGGAGAUUUGGGCAGCAUGCACACGAGCGACUUGCGCAUACCAGUUCUGCAAGCUUUGCUCCUGUGAUCGUCAUCCAGGUAAGAGCUGUAUUCGUUUUGACCUUGAAGGACCCAGCCCAUCAAAAAGGAAAAAGAAAACUUGUGCUGCUGGAUCUAGACAAAGUAAGACCAACCUGCGCAGGCUUCUCAUCAAAUGAGACAUGGUGGUUAAACUUUUUGAUAAUGUGUGCUACUUAUAGUUGGUAGUUUCUAUGAAAAUGUAAGCUGGAUGCGUAGGGGGCCAAUUCAUUUUAGAAUGUAUUGAGAUUAUUUUUUCUAAAAAUUCCCAGUUUUAGAUGUUGUGCCAUUUUUAUACAACUUUUUUAUUCGAAUUAUUCUCAUUUGUAAUAGUAAUGUGUUUGGAUAUUAUUGUAACUUUGUGUGCAUAAUGUAGAGCAAGGGUCACCAAUUAGUUUUUUCAGGGGUCCAGUAGUUCUUAAAAUAUAUGACUGUCAUGACCCGUUUCUACUUAAGUUUAUUAAAUAAGCAAAAAAUAAAAUAGGUUGGCGGUCCGGAACCCGGACCGCGGUCCGCCAAUUGGUGACCCCUGAUGUAGAGUAUACACUUAUGAACAUUCUUAAGCCCUACAUUCCAAAAUGACAUUUUAAUUUUAAAUUUCAAGUAUAAGGAAAAACUCUGGAAGUUAAACGAUAGACUGAAAUAUGAAUGCCAUGUUAAAGUAAUUUACAAUUUAUAAGUUGGUUUUAAUUUAGAAAUAGUAUUUUGAAACUUAAUGUUGCCUUUAGAAGGAGAUAGUGCCUAUGUUCUGUUGUGCCUCUUAAUGAUAAGCCGAAUUCUGUACCUACAUGUAAAUGGCUACUUCCAUUUACUCAUAAAUAAUACCAUAUUUUUUCCUGAUGGCAAAUUUUGGUACUAUUAUUAACAUACAAAUGGGAAUUCAGUGUAUGAUUUUAUUGAAUAUUGAACAUUGUACUUACUAAUUUUAUUUUAUGAUUUUGAAAUUAUUUCGAAUUUGUUUACUAUUUAUAGUAAAAUCAAACAUUUUGGCCAUACAAUUCACUUUUAUGACGAAUCCGUGAACUUGAAAAGCUUAAUGUAAAAAGGUUUUUUUGUCAAACAUGUGCGGAAAUGGUCAUAUUUUGUUGGUAAACCGAAGACGCAAAGUGACCAAUUUUUACCCCGGCGUCGGCAACACAGAGCCACCGCACGGACGUAGCGAAAAAAAUGGAGUUUGUGUUAGUCAUUAUAUUCUUAAUAAUAAAAUAAUCCACACAAAAUCCAUUUUUGUCUGCUGCGCGUGGAGCGCACUGGCCGUCACAUGCUCCGCGGCCGGCGCGUCGCUGCACGCGAUGCUGGGUAUAUGCAGCAUCGUAUAAGGAACGUGUAUGAUGUAUGAGAUAUUCACUAAAGAUAAUGUUUUCAUUGUAUUUCCUCAUAUGUUUGAGAAAAGCACUACACAUAUCUCGGUGGAAAUAGGCAUUUUCUGAUUCAGACCUUUUGCCAUCUCUGCCCUUUGCCUCUUUUGGCAAAUUUGGUAUCUAGGACCUCGUCAGAAAAUGCUUUUCCCUUCAUCCCUCGUCACCAAUUUACUAUAAGCCUGUAAAAGAAUUAACCACCACAACAUUCAGAAGUUUUUCUGCAAACUUUUAAUGGUUGUUCGUCUAUAAUUUUGAUAUAUACUAAUAUCAGCUUCAAGUCUGUUUAAUAGUGCCAUAUUUUUGCGGUGUAAUGUUUGAGUAGGUACCUAACUUUUUUCACUUUAGCAAAUGAUUUUGGUGAUAUCCAUGUAAUAGUUAAUUUACCAGUGAUGUAAAAAAAUAACCACCUUUUAUAUUAACUCAGGAGGAUGUAUUUACUCAUAAAAACAAGACUGUUCAUAAUUACAUCACUACUUUUAACUUUCACUUGAAUGACGUGAACAAAAUGGCAUUUUUAGCUUAUAGGUCACAUUUUAAUUAUUUUUAUUUGAUUUUAUUGCUUUUUAUCACAUUGAUUAUUUUAAUAAUAUUACUAGGAUUGUCACACAAACUCCUAAUUACAAUCAAAUACGUAUCUAGUCCUUUAACAUUAUUAAAAUAGUGGUUUCUAAUUAAAUUUGUUCGUAAUAUAUAAAUGAAUAGUAUUACAUCAAAAGUCAAUUUGUUUGCUGGUAAUACUUGAUUUUAGUAAUAACUAUGUUCUGAGGUCAUGCUUUUAAUUACCUAAAGUUAGAAGUGAGAUUUUAAUUUAGAUACUUAAAUACAUUUGCAUCAUUAAGUUUGAAAGGAUUGUAAAAGUCUGGUCUUUCAUUUUAGGUACUUAAAAAUAUUUACCAAUUUUUAAACCACCCAAUUUAAGAUUUGUGUUACUUGAUUUCUCCAGUGAGAUAUGCAGUGCGUAACUAAAAGUUUUAUUUUCCAUUUUAACUAUGAUUUUAUUAUUAAUUUCAAGUACUAUAGCAUAAUCUUUUUCCAUAAUUAUACGUAAUGGUAUUGACUGGUACAUACCUCAUCUUUAAUUAUAAUUGUAUUUUAUUUAGAAUAGAAUUCAGUAAGUAAUUAGUUAUCGCUACUAAGUUACGUAUUUAAUGCUCUUAAUUUUAUUUUCAUAAAACAUCGAAUUACUCAAUGUCAUAGUGUAGAAUUAUCAAUUUAGGUUAUGCAGACAUUGAAGACUUAAUUAUGGGCACAAUUGUGUUUUGACACAUUUUAAACAAUUUUAAAGUCUCAUUUUAUUUAAAUGUAAAUACAUAAUUAUUAUAAUUCGGGACGCUUCGAAAGCUCUCUAUUUCUGUGAAUUGAUGAUUUAAAGGUAAAUAAAAACUUGAUAAAAUAAA